UGCACUGAUUGCACCAUGUUUAUCCGCUUUAACCUGGGAGUACUGAUACUUGUGCUGACUCUUCAAGAUCAAGUUCACACUGGAGAAAUCAUUGGUGGCCAUGAGGCUGUGCCACAUAGCAGGCCAUACAUGGUGCUUUUGGAGAGGCACAUGUCAAAUGGUAAAAAAAUGCACUGUGAUGGCUUCCUUCUGAGUGAGGAUUUUGUGAUGACUGCUGCCCACUGUCACGCGGAGUCCUACAAAAUCUAUCUGGGACUUCACAAUUACUACAAAAAGAAUGAUGUACAGCAAUUGACGGUGCCUGGGAAAAAUGCAUUUCCAAACAGAGACUACAACAAGACUGAUUAUAGAAAUGACAUAAUGCUUCUUAAGUUGAGUUCUAAAGCAAAGUUCACCGACAAUGUGAAACCUAUUGUUCUUGCAGACCGUGAUUUUGGCUCGCUGCCACAAUCAUGUGUAGUUUCCGGCUGGGGACGUACAGAAAACAGCAUGCACAUGUCUCUCAAUCUAUUGGAAGUCGAUGUAACCCUGGUUGAAAAUAAGCAGUGCGCUGAGGAAAAUAAGUACUGCUCAGAGGGUAAAAAAGGCCCGGGUGAAGGAGACUCUGGUGGUCCAUUAGUCUGUGAAGAUGGAAAGGCGUAUGGAGUGGUGUGUGCCAACAUGCAAAACCCAGAUGGUCUGACAGUCUAUGGUUAUACUAAGAUACCUGACAACAGUGAUUGGAUUGAUUUUAUUAUGAAGAAACAUAAUUGA